AUGGAGGAAGUAGAAUGUGAAUUCGAUAUUAUUUGGCUCGAUGGUUUGAUGACAAAUAAUUUAAACGAACCGGAUUAUUUGAACCGUAAAACGGAUCUAGGUAAUUUGAUCGAUCAUCUUCAUGUUUUCAAUAAUACAGAUGAAUGUCUGGAUUAUUUUGCUACGUUGGAUGUCGCCGAUAAAGUGCUCUUUAUCUUAUCCAGAUCGAUUAGUAAGAGUACACUUUCACAAUUUCAUGAACAAACUCAGAUCGUUUGUGUUUAUGUAUACUGUAAUGAUGUAAGUGAGCAUCGCGAAAGGGCAAAUGGGUAUCCGAAAGUACGUGGCGUAUUUAAUAGACCAGAGGAAUUAGUACAAAAAAUCCAGCAAGAUGUUCAAUUUCUUCGACAUCAUUUCAUACCUGCAAAUAUUUUUCCAGUGCAAGACGUUCAUCAAACAUCAUUUCAAAAUGUUAACAAAGAGAAGACCACUUUCUUGUGGUUUCAAUUACUAAUUGAUGUUUUAGUACGAUUACCAAGAAGUGAACAAAGCAAGCGAGAUCUAAUUGAUGAAUGUCGAAAAUGCUAUUCAAACAAUGCGUGUGAACAGAAAAAAAUAUCUGAUUUUGAGUUAAAUUAUAUGCCGAAUCAAGCUAUUGAAUGGUAUACACGUGAUUGUUUUCUAUUUCGCCUGAUUAAUCGUGCUUUUCGAACACGAAAUCUUGAUAAUAUUUUUAGGUUUCGCUAUUUUUUUAUUGAUUUGCAAAAGCAACUAUUUGAAUUGCAUCAAACACAACUGUCAUUCAAUUUAUCUCAAACACUUUAUCGAGGUCAAAUCAUUUCAACUGGUGAACUUCAACAACUCAAAGAUAAUAUUGGUGGCGUUUAUUCUGUUAAUAACUUUUUUUCAUCGUCAGCUAAGAGUGAUGUUGCUCUUACUUUUCAAACUGGUGCUUUUGGAAAACCUUACUUCGAAUGCGUUCUGUUUGAAAUUCUUGUCGAUAAUAAAACUGAUUCCAAAUGGAAGGUAUCAUUCGCUGAUAUUCAUGAUGUUAGCUUCAAUAAAGAUGAAGGUGAAGUGUUGUUUGGCAUGGGUAGUGUGUUUCAUAUUGUUGAUGUGACACAAUUGACGCCUGAUAUCUGGUUGGUGAAUUUAACACUACUUGAAAACAGUGGAGUUGAUGAGUCGUUAAGAGAGUAUUAUCUCGAAAAUCAUAUAGGACAGCAAUCAUCUCUAAUUAUGAUGAGCGAGCUUCUCAACAUGAUGGGCCAGACUGCUCAAGCAAAACGCUAUUGUGAAUUACUUCUAAGAGAACAUCCAUCAGAAGAAGAAAAAAUGCAAAUCUAUACAUAUUUAUCUUAUUAUGAAUACAAACUUGAUGAUUUGACCGCAGCAAAGCGCUCAAGUAAGAUUGCACUGGAGCUGCAAAAUUCAGUAAAACUGAUUUUACCGGCAAUAUACUCACAUAUGGGUUUAAUUUCAAGCGAACUUGGUGAAUACCAGGAUGCAAUAACUUAUCAUCAAAUAUCGCUUGAAAUGGAGCGAAAGAAGAAAAUAAAGGAGGAUGAAGAGAUAGCAGUCGGAUAUUUAAAUCUUGGUUUGGCUUAUUACGACUUGUCUAUGCUGAAGCCAGCACUUUACUGGUGUGAAAAAAUGGCUCUGCAAUGUCAACAGAAACUUUUACCCUCUGAUCAUCCGAGUUUAUCAGUGACAUAUUCGAACAUAAGCAGGGUUUACAGUGCAAUGGGUGACCAUAAAUUAGCUAGGUCCAAUUUAGAAAAAGCACUUGAAAUUCAAAACAAAAGUCUGCCUCCCCUUCACUUCAACACACAUAUAGUUUUGAACAAUCUUGCUCUCGAAAGUCAACUGGUUGGUGAAUAUGAGAGUGCUCUUAAUUACUAUCGACAAGCACAAGAAGUUAUUAUCAAUGCAUCUCCCUUCAAUCCUAAAUUGUUUGCCGAAAACUAUUUAGGAAUUGCUGCCGUACAUGAUUGUCGAGGGAACAACAGAAAAGCUUUAUUUUAUAAUAAAAUGGCACUUAAACAUUUGUCAAGAAAGAAACCCGAGCAUCAUCUCGUUUUAGCUACUAUCUACAAUAAUAUAGGUAUGCUUUUUAUUAAUAUGAAGUACUAUAAAUGUGCUAUGAAAAGCCUUAUCAAGGCAUUGGUUUUGGAGAAACAUUUUCUUGAUUCGAGACAUGUACUUUGGCUUACUACAUUGAGCAAUAUGGGAAUGGUAUAUGAAGGAUGCGGUCUGCUUAAGAAAGCAUUAUAUUUACAUCGCAAAGUUCUGAAUAUACGAAAGUAA